UAAUGUUUUCGAAGCCCCAAAUUUUAUUUGGAUGUGACUCUUACUUCAAUUCCCCUGUUGUCUCUUACUGUAAUUCCCCUUUAAGAAGUGAGAAUGAAUAUAGAUGGAUGUCAGAAUCUGACUAAUAUCCAAUUUAUCCUGCAAAGGUAUUUAUUUUAUUUUAAAUAAUUUAGAAAGAAAUAAUAGUUCAAGAGUCUGAAGAAAAUUUUGAAGUAUGCUCUGGCACUACGAAAAUAAAAAACCUUUAUAGCGGAAAAAUGAAGCCCUCAAUAGAUACUGCACUAGAAAAGAUAUCAGCUUAAUAGGAAAAAGAAAUACCUCAAAUAAAGAAACUAAUAUCAAAAAAGGAAGUGCAUAUGUUACCUGGUGAAAGCAAAAAUAUUCCUAAAAAUUAUACUAGAGCCCUAAAAUAGUUUAUAAGUAUCUUAUUUUUCUUAUAUUUAGUCUCCAACUUUGACUCUAGUGUAUUACAAAAUGCAGACAUUAAGAAGUUCUUAGCUACUAAACCAGAAAAGGCUUGUAAACAAACCUUAGAAAAUUCAUUAAAAAAUUGUUAAUAACUCAAACAAAUUUCUCAAAUUUUCUUUGGCAAUCUUUAAUGGGGAAAAACAUUUUUAGAAGAAAACAAAGUUGAACUUGAACCCUACUUCAGAUUCAACUCAAUCUGGUUCGGAUCAAAGAAUUGAU